AUGCAACAACCAUUAUUUAAAAGUGCCUUCAAUAAAAGUAAAGUUAUUCCAUUUGAAAAACAAACAGAAAAUCAAAAUCUAUUUAAAAGUAUAUCGGUUUUUAAACAAUUAACAAAUCCAAACAAUGAACCACAACCAAUAUGGAAUAAUUUUACAGCUCAAGAUUUGGAAAUUCUUUCCAGCAUUGUAACUUUUGCUACAUUUAUCAGUUGUUCUUCGAAAAUCACGACUACAUCUUACAUAAACAUUUUUCGAGCUCAUGAUAUUGUACUUAGAAAACGUAAUAUUAAUCCAAAGUCUAAUAAGCUAUAUUAUCAAUCCUUAUUAAAAUUAUCAAUGGAACCAGGCGAAUCUUGGUUUCAAAAAUUCGAGAAUAUAGUCAAAAAUCUUGGUUACAUGACUGAUAGCAAUAUAUACAAAUGGAUUUUAAGUGUUACAAGUAAAUCUAAUCAUCACAUUCCAUUUAAUGAUGAUAAUUCCAAGAAGAUUGAAUUGAGCACUGUUGAAAAUAAAGAAAAGAAUGAAUCUCUAACAACUUCAACAGACCAACUUGAUGUAAUAUUAAAUGAUUCAAUGAGUUAUCAAUCAAAUAAUUUGGAUGAUGAUUGUAUAGACUUCAAACAAUCUGAUAAAAUUAUUUUAUCAAAAUUUUCUCCAAAAGAAAAGGUCAAAUUAAAAAAUAUUUUAAGAAACUGGAAAAGUUAUACAAUACAAGUUCGUCAAAAUCGUACAAAAGUAGUUCAACAGUUAAGAUUAUCCAUAAAUUUUUAUCAAAAAAAUCUUUUAAAAAAAUUUUUUAAAAAAUUUCAUAAGUCAUGUAAAAGUGUACAGUCAAAAAGAAUUUUACUAAAAAAAGAAUCAGAUGCAUUCUAUAUUAGCAAUUUUUUUAACAAAUGUCAAGCAAUAAUUUUUGACAAUGAAAAACAUUUAAAACAAUAUUUUAUCAGUUGGAAUUCAAAAACCAAGAUAAUCAAGAGACAAGUCAGACUUGCUAAAAAGUAUCAUUUUAAUUGCAGUAAAGAAUUCUUACUUGAUGUUAUGAAUAAUUGGCAUUCAAUUGCUGUAAAUAAAUCAACAAAAAAUGCAUUAUUAACUAAAUCAUAUAAAAUAUGGAGAACAAAAUUCAUAUAUUCAUUAUUAACAAAAGAUAAUCAACAAAUUAUGUUGGACAAAUAUUUUGAAAUUCUCAAUUCAGUACCUAAAAGGUAUGCUUAUUUUGAUGAUGAUAUUAAUAAGACGUUAACACAGAAAGCUUUUGAAAAAUGGAAGGAAAGAUAUAAAAAUUAUAUUUUAUUAAGUGAAGUUGCUGAUGUGAAAGCUUUGCAAAGAAGAAAAAUAAUGUCAAAAACUGCAAGUGUACCUUUACUAAAUCGUUGUCUUCUUGAAUGGUAUAGUAGAACCAUUCAAAAAUAUAAACAAAAAGAACAUGAACGAAAACUUGCACUAGAAGUUUUAAGAG